AUGUCGAUGCCACUAGGCCAGCAGCAGCAGCCCGACAUAGGCGUGGAGCCUUUCCCCAUUCACUCGUCGUCUUCGUCGUCUCACGCUUCGAUCGGGCCGGUAAUCGCGGUGCUGGUAGUGAUCAUGAUUCUCGGCAUUGUGGCAGGGAUGAUUGGGAGGCUGUGUUCUGGGAGGACUAUUUUUGGUUAUGGUGAUUAUGAUAUAGAAAGCUGGGCUGAGACCAAAUUCUCAUCUUGCAUUGAUGGAAGGAUUACCACCAGCAACACUCCACCGCCGACGGCCGUCACAAGGGAUCCACAAUCGGGUGACAAUGCAGUAGCUUCCCCUGCUACCACUACGCCUACUCCCACUCGUGAUCAUGAAGAAGAAGAAGACGAAGAUGAUGAUGAUGAUGAUGAAACAAAUGCAGCUGCUUAA